AUGCCGCCUUUUAAUCCAGUUAGAUUUUUAAACCUACCGAUUGAUAUCAGAAAGGAGGUCUAUUUUCACCUAGAUGGAGACUUCUGCGGAGCGCAUCCAUGUCCAAUAGAUAUAUUAUACACAUCCAAUAAUGUCGAGCUUCCAGAAAAGCCUGGUUAUAAAAGGUCCAAGAGAUCUAAGAAACUGCUGAAGUACAUGUACCCUGUUUUUUCUUCGUAUUUAAACAUUUUCGAAUACUCGCCACAACUCAUUGAAAAAUGGCUUGAAUAUGCGUUUUGGUUACGCUAUGAUUCCCUAGUUUUGGACUGUUUGAAAGUAAAUCAUCUUUAUGAUGGGUUACUUAUUGGUGCAUUAGAAUGGACGUAUCUCGACAAUGAGCUCCGGCUCGCCUAUUUUAAUAAGGACAGUAUGCUGGAAGUCUGGUAUUCUUUCAAAGAAUAUAAAAAAUGGGUGAUAGACUGUGCUGCCUAUGAUGAAUUUGCUUCGACCGAUGUAAGCAACAUUCAAUUGAAUAUUGAUAAUUCAACCUCACAGCUAGUUGAUAAGUGCUUAUUGAUAUUAGAACAAAAAGAUUUGUUUGCAACGGUCAGAGAAUUACAAUUUGGACAAGAUGAAGAAGUAGGAGGAGAAGAAGACGCUGAUGAUUGUGAGGCUGAUUCUGACGAAAAAAUAAAAUCUAAAUCCACGACGACAAACAAGAAAAGGCCAGCUUCCAAAAGCUCGUACUCAGAUAAUGACCGCGUGACAGGAAAGCGAAAUCAGUUAACAAAUAUGUCCGUUAUCAGGACAAUCAAAAGUAUGGAGCCAAUGAAAGGCUUGCGAAAGCUUACUGUACGAGGGGAGAAAUUAUAUGAGCUGUUAAUAAAUUUUCAUGGGUUCAGAGAAAACCCAGGUAAAACGAUUAGUUACAUAGUGAAACGCAGAAUCAUUGAAAUACAACUGUCACGAAUGGAUCAGAUUUCCCGGACAGGAUUGGCUGAUUUGACGAGAUGGGACAACCUGCAAACGCUCGUAUUAAGUAGAAUAGCUUAUGUCGAUUUGAAUAAUGUUGUAUUUCCCAAGAACUUUAAAUCUUUGACAAUGAAGCGCGUGAACAAAAUCAAGUGGUGGAACAUCAAGGAAAGUAUAUUGAAGGAACUAAAAUUGGAGAAAGACUAUUUUGAAUCGUUGUAUACAAAGGACAAUAAUACUAGGUUUACAAAGAUUUUCAACCUUGGACGGAUGAAAAUAAACGAGCUUGAUAAAAGUGAAAUUAAUCAAAUGACAUACUUUCGAUGUCAAGCCCUAGUUUGGCACUCCUUUGGAACUUUGAACCAUAUCAAGUUACAGAAUGUAUCCGAAGUUUGUAACAACAAUAUUAUUGUACCUAGAGCAUUAUUCGACAGUAAACGAAUAGAGAUUUUCCAAUGUGAAAAAAUCUCAGACAUUUUAGUGAUAUAA